AUGUCUGCAGUGGUGGAGGUUUGGAUGAGCGAGUUGGCAAAGCUGAAAGACAAGGGAAAACAAGGAGAAGGUGAUGAUGAGGUUGAAAAACAACAGCAAGUGUUGAAAGAAGCAAGAAAAGAGAGCAGCAGAAUGGCUCAGAUUCAGAGGGACUUGGAUUCCUCUAGGCUUUCAGAGGCCACAGACCUUUGCUCGCUUCUCGGGCCGUGA